AUGUUUUUCAUCAGGAAAGCAACACAUGCUGGUGAAUGGUAUCCAACAGAUGAUCAACUCAAGAUCAUGCUGGAAGCAUCAUUUCAUUAUGCACAACCAAAACCAAAUGCAGAUUUAGGCUUGAAAGGAGUUAUUUCUCCACACUCUUGUUAUCAAGUGUGUUUAAGAACAGCCGCAUAUUCUUUUUCAUGCAUCAAUCCAGAUAAAUUCGAAAGAAUUAUUAUUCUUGGAACAUGUCAUCAUAUUGCAUUAAAAGCUGGCUUAGUUUCUCAUGCAACCGAAGUCGAAACACCAUUUGGCAAUCUACAAGUCGAUACAGAAGUUACAGAGAAAUUAGCAACAGAAUAUGGCGAAGCAAUUCAAUGGAUGGAUCAAAAAGUCGAUGAGAACGAACAUUCUCUCGAAAUGCAAUAUCCUUUGAUCAAGUAUAUUUGGCAAGACCGUCCAGUAAAAAUUAUUCCAAUGUUGAUAGGAUCAUUAAGCGAACCAAGAGAAAUAGAGAUUGCAGAAGCUCUUAGCCCAAUCAUUACAGACGAAAAAACAUUUUUCAUCAUAUCAUCAGACUUUACUCAUUGGGGUGAAAUAUUCCAUCAUACUCCAAUUCAAUCUACGAAAAAGAAACAGCUCUCGCAACAAUUGCAGAUAGCUGAUGAACGUUCAAUUGGUAUUAUUCACCAAUUUAACUACGAGCACUUCCGCUUUAUUUGCGAAGAAAUUCAUGGCUCAAUUUGUGGUUGCUAUUCUAUUUGUUUGAUGCUAAGAAUAUUAGCAGAGGGAUAUGAAUUUGAAGUUUUUGAUAGAUCAGAACUUUGUGAAUUAAGAACAAUGAAAGAUUUCUCUAUUUCAUAUGUUGCUGCUGGAUUUUAUGAUAAAUCACAGAGACCAGCACCAGAAAAGGCACCUGAAGAAGAUAAUCAGGGUAUGAUGAUGUAA